GAAUAUGGGUACAAAGAUCCCUGUGUGUCCCUCCAUGCUCUUCUUCUUGCUCUGCUGCUCCUUGUUCUCCACCCAUGUGCCGCGCGCCUCCUCGCUCUCCUUCAACCUCAGCUUCUCCGACCCAGCAUCUGCCUGCGGUAUGCAGAUCAACUGCAACAACACGUACAUAGAUGGGGACAAGCUUGAGUUGACCAGAAACGACAUAGUUCAGGGCACCGGCGGCAGCAUCGGCCGGGCCACGUACGCCAAGCCGGUGCCACUCUGGCGUGCCGGUGCCGCCGCCGGCGGCGCCAAGCUGCUGGCAAGCUUCACCACGUCGUUCACUUUCAGAAUCACGCCGGAUUCAAGUCUGCCCACCGGAGACGGGAUGGCCUUCUUCCUCACGCCGUACUCGUCGGCGACCGAGAUCCCGCCGGGGAGCGGUGGUGUGAACCUCGGCCUUCUUGCAGGCGGCAACUCGACCGGGGACAGCCGGUUCGUGUUCGUCGCCGUUGAGUUCGACACCUGGUCCAAUCCUCCCCCUGCAGCCGACAUCAACGGCAGCCAUAUGGGAAUCGACAACACCUCCAUGGUCUCCAUGGCGUCCACCAACACGUCCUCUCCGACUGGGAACCUGACGUCAAAUAUCAACAUGGUCGCCACGAUCAGCUACCACAACGAUUCGGAGCUGUUGACAGCCGAUCUACUGAUCAACGACAGUUCAUACCACGUCAACACGAUCAUCGAUCUGAGCACCUACCUUCCGGAGGACGUCGCCGUGGGCUUCUCCGCUUCCACCGGCAAGGCCGGCGAGAUGCACACGGUAUUCAACUGGUCGUUCAGUUCAACACUCGCAUCGACGUCGGAGACCACAGCAAAUGUCGUUGGUACCUCCAAUAAAUUACAACUACUUUUAAUCCUACUGGUGCCUAUCCUAUCUCUGUUGCUGUGCGCCGCCGGGACCUACUUAUUUCUUGUGCGGCGGCGACAUGAAGCAGCAAGUGGUAGCAGCGACGACUCCGAAGAACAGUUUGAGCUAGAGAGAGGGGUAGCUGCUGCUGGUGGUGGCCCUAAGCGAUACACAUACGGGGAGCUAGCCAACACCACCAGCAAUUUCGCCGAGGAGAAGAAGCUCGGUCGUGGCGGCUUCGGAAGCGUCUACUUGGGUGAGCUCAACGUUGCUGGAGUGGAUCGUGCCGUGGCGAUAAAGAUGUUGUCGUCAGAGUCGUCAGCGCAAGGGAGGCGAGAGUUCGAGGCUGAGGUGAGGAUCAUAAGCCGGCUGAAGCAUCGAAACCUUGUACAGCUCUUGGGCUGGUGCGACAGUCGUCGCAACGGUCUCAUGCUGGUCUAUGAGAUGGUGGCCAAAGGCAGCCUCGACAGGCAUCUCUACAGCCAGGAUACAUUCUUGACGUGGCCACAAAGGUACAAGAUCAUCCUUGGCUUGGGCUCAGCGUUACGGUAUCUUCACAAGGAGUGGGAGCAGUGCAUCGUCCAUGGCGACAUAAAGCCGAGUAACAUCAUGCUGGACGAGUCACACGGAACCAAGCUAGGGGACUUCGGCCUUGCACGGCUAGUCGACCAUGGCGCCGGGUGGCAGACCACCAAGGCAGUGCUGGGCACUGCAGGGUACAUCGAUCCCGAGUUCGUCAACACACGCCGCCCGAGCACCUAUUCUGACGUCUACAGCUUUGGCAUCGUCCUGCUUGAGAUCGUCUGCAACCGACCUCCGGUGCAGGUUGUCAUGCAGCAGAAUGACAAGGAAGCAGCAGCAGGCGAGGAGCAGAAGCAGCAACAACCCCCCUUAGUGCUGCUGAAAUGGGUGUGGAGCCUUUACGGCCAGAGUGCUACCCUUGACGCUGCAGAUGAGCGGCUAAGGGGCGACGAGCUCGAUGAGGAGUGUAUGGAGCGAGUGCUAGUGGUCGGCCUCUGGUGCGCACAUCCUGAUCCAAGUGAGAGGCCGUCCAUCGAGCAAGCUAUGCACGUUUUGCAGUCGGAGGACAAGAGGCUGCUUCCGGUCCUCCCGCCGCAGAUGUACAAGACAAUGUUGGAUGUUCCCAUUCAGCCACGAGCAUACGGCGCUCUGUCUAUCGAUGCCUACAGCGGUACAAGUUCUUCGACAACCACCGGCAACACCAACCCUUCUUAUCAGUCACCGUCAUCGGCUUUGCUCCGAAAUUUCACAUGAUUUACCAUGAUCUUCUUGAUUCCUUGUUGUAUUUAAAUUCAUUGUUAUGAUUCUAUGUGUUCUGCAUUGUAAUGGCUUUCCCUGUUAGUUGAUCUCCUAACCAUAGAAGACCCAACGGCCUUUUUUUGGCCUUAACUCGCGUCCAAAU